AUGAGUAUUGAAUUUUUGUGUUUUUUGAAUGAUGAAGGAGGCAAAUUAUACCUUGAGGCAUUGAAUCUCAUGGAGGUAGAAUCUAAAUUUGAUCCAGUAACAUCGCCUCAUCAAUCACACUACAAAGCUAGAAAAAUUCUUGAAAUGUUAGUUGACAAGAUUGAAAAUAUUCAAAAAAUUCAAAAUAACGAUGAUGUCGCACGGGCUUUAGCAGUUUUGCAUCUAAAACUUGCAAUAAAUAGAAUUGAAACAGAUGAGUUAUCUGCUGGAGAAAAUGAAUUGAAACGAUGCAGGUCGCUAAUUGACAAUUGUGAUAACAAUUAUGAAAAAAAUAGUGGCAUUAAUCAAGAAGUUUUGAAUCAUUUAGGACUGUUAUAUUCUCGAAGAACUGAACUGGAUAAAGCAUUGGAAUAUUUAUUAGAGUCUAAGUCAAUUUAUGAAAAAUUUGUGAAAGAUUUUGGAGGUUGUCCAUGGACUGUUGAUAACUUUUUUCAAACACACUCAUUUAAUGCUGAACAGAACAGUCCAGAAAUUAUUUCAAAGAGAAUAGAUAUUUUUGAAGAUAAUUACACUCACACAUUAUAUUAUUUAGCACAAAUUUUUGGAAAAUUAGAGAGAAACAUAGAUUCUGCUCUGUAUUGCAAAGAAACUUUAAAAAGACAAUUAGAUAGGAAUAAGUAUGAGCCUCUAGAGUGGGCAAUGAAUGCUGCUACCCUUUCUCAAUAUUAUAUCACAAUCUAUGAUUUCACAACUGCCAGAUAUUGUCUUGCUAGUGCUGAAACUAUUCUCAAAGAGUUUGGUGAAAAACCAGCUAGUUUAAAAGUUCCUGUCACAAAUGCAGAUGGACAAGAUGCCAUAAAUGUUCUUGAAAGGUUGCCAAAAGCUUGGGCUGAUUUAUUUAGAUGCUGGUCAAAAUAUAGUUUAGUUCUGUUGGAACAUUCAAGAGAUAGUUUAAUGGAAAAGUCAAAGGAUGAUGAAAUUUCUAAUAUUCAAAAUUCUUCAGCUGAAUGUAAUAGCAAAAAAGAAUUUUUCAAUCUUGAAACUACAUCAGCAGUAAAUCAGAUAACUGACAGAAGAGUUCUUGUUUUUGAUGAAGCCAAACAAGUGUUUCUUCAAACUCAAUCAUGGCUGAAUAGCGCUAAAGAGUUUUACUGCUUAGACGAUCACUGCUCAGAUUAUGUUGAUAUAGUUAAAGACAACAGCACUUUAUUCAAGUUGCUUCUUUUUUUUGAACCGGAUUUAACUCGCCAAUGUAAAAUGCACAAACGAAGAGCCGACAUGUUAACUGAAAUAUUACAUCUGCUCAAUCCACAAUUUUAUUUAGAUGUAUGCCGUCAGCUGGCUUUUGAAAUAGGGGAGGUAUUUACUGCUAUACUUGAUAAUAAAUUGGCGUUACUGGAAUUAACUGGAAGUGCAAGAAUGUGCGAUGGACAUGCAAACAAUAAAAUAAAUAUUUUGGCCAAGAAAAGCAUAGAAUAUUUUCAGUUGUAUCUGUCUUAUUUGAAAAAAAAUGACAAAACAUUUCCUGAAACAUUUCAAGAUGAUGACGAAAGACCUGCGCUAAUCGCUCAUUUUCAUUGUGGAAGGCUGUUUUCAAAAAUUUUAACUGCCAGUCCCAAAGAAAAUUUGCAAAACACUAAAAAUUCGUUAGACUGCUAUAAUUUUUUAGUUGAAUAUUGUCGGAAGAACCCAUCAGCGGCAAAAAAAGUUAAAGAAGAAAGAGAUGCUUGUGAAGAAAUGGUUAAAUUGUUGCCAGGCAAAAUGGAUAAAAUAAAAUCUUGCAUAAGUUGA